CUCAUCGUGGAAGCAUCGGUCGCGUAGUUCGUUCGUUCGAUCGGUCGUCGUCGUCGUGUGGGAAGUUUUUCAGCUCUUAUCACAAAUUUACUCAACAAUAUAAGACAAUCAUAAAUAUGUAAAAAAAAUAGUAGCUACCCAAUUACGCUAGAAGCUUUGCUCAUUCCAUUCUGUGGCAGAUGCAGCAGCCGGAGCUGAAUGAUAAGAUAAUAAUAAAUGGUGCACCAGUGAAGUGGAAUCCCCGUAAGUGCGCAAAUAUUGUAAAAUACUGGUUUAGGGCGUAAUUCGCUUCUGUGUGGCUUGCAAGAGCUUCUUUUUACAUUUGAUCGUUUGCCUUCUGCACGAUCCGUGGGAAAAUAAAUUGUUUAUGAAGAGAUGUUUUAUAUUUAUAUGGGGAUGAACUGAAAAUUUGUGUGCUACGACCAUAUUGACGGAGGAGCAUUUGGAUGAUGGUGACAAAACAAAGACAUUGCCGCCAAAUUAUCGGAAAAUUUUCAACACCGUCGAUUCGGAUAGCGCCAAAUUACUUGGUCCUCGGGUGAACCGUGGAAGGUUUGUGUGCAUAAACAGCGGUGGAAAAUAGAGAGGAAAUUCCUGCAAAGCAGAGUAUGUGUCGACACGGGUGCUUUAUGUAACCGAAACACAUACCGUUUCGUGUGUGUACUUACGCGCAUUAGCAACCAACAACCAGCAGCAGGUAGAGAAGGCAGGCAGAUAGAGAUUUGCAGUGCCAGAAUGCGUUCGGUCGAGGCAAGUGGCUUUCGAGUAGUUCAAUUGCAGCCACUGGCACUGGCAGUAGUAGCAGUGGUAAAUGAAUCAUAUCGGUAUUCUCUGUAAUCGCGACAGUGAAUGGAAGUGCUUGUUCUAUCCCUAAUGGAACCAAUGACGGAUGAAAAGAUGUUCUGGUGUUAAACGGAUCCUUACAACGUGCAGGAUCGUAUAAACAUACUUUCUAGAUUAAUUGGAUGAAAAGGUUGUGCUGUGCGGUGACUUGUUAUGAGAAGAGAAAUGUCGGAUACGUGCGUAACUAAAUUGCACGAGCUAAAAAUAUAAUCAGAAGAUAUUCCUCCUACCGUUGGCGGCCACGAGAACCGUGUGAGAGGCCGUGUAGGUGGUGGUGGUGGUGGUGGAUCAAAUAUUCAUCGUGCUUCCAGCAGCCGAAGGAACGUGACGUCAUUCUUUUUUUUGUCUCUACUCUGUCGGAGAAAAGUUCACAUAACAGCAAAUCACAACGAUGUCGAUAUCGAAUGGGAAAACGUCGUCCGACAUUGAGAAUGCGGAAUGGAAUUCGACCGGAAUGCUGACCCACACCAGAUACGGUUCCAGCAGUAGUCAAGCAUCCCAGAGCAGCGGUGACAUCUGCCGCAUAUGUCACUGCGAAUCGGACCCGCUGAAUCCGCUGCUCACACCGUGCUACUGUUCCGGCAGUCUCAAGUUCGUGCACCAAACCUGCCUGCAGCAAUGGCUCACCGCGUCGGAGACAAACGCGUGCGAACUGUGCAAAUUUCCAUUCAUCAUGCACACGAAAAUCAAACCAUUCAACGAGUGGCGCAGCCUGGAGAUGUCCGGCGUGGAACGAAGGCGGCUGUUCUGUGCGGUUUUGUUCCACUGUGCCGCCGCUCUGUGCGUGAUUUGGUCGCUUUGUGUGCUGAUCGAACGAGCCGCUGAGGAGGUACGCCGGGGGUUGAUUGGAUGGCCCUUCUGGACGAAGCUGGUGGUGGUCACGGUCGGCCUAACCGGUGGCGUCGUUUUCAUGUACAUCCAAUGUAAACAGUAUUUGAACCUGUGCAACCGGUGGCGUGCACGAAACAGGAUUCUAUUGAUUCAGAAUGCUCCCGAGAAAUUCCAUCCGCCACAGUCGCCAGUGAUGCAGCAGUUUCGUCGAGUACGCACCGCGGCAAGGUGCGGUGCCGGUGGAACUGGACAGGGUGGCAGUGGAGGGGCAGGUAGUAGUACUAGUAACAAUUCGGUCACGAUAGGACCGAUGAUUCGCGGGUACGACCAGCAUCUCAUCGGAUCGAUCGGUGGUGGUGGUCAUCCGUGUGAACUGCAGAUCAACCACCAGGGACAGAUUAUUGCUGCCAACAUAGAGAAUAGUUCAAUAAGUUACGAUCGCGACUGGACACUGGAUGAUAUUAGCCAGAUGUCGUUCAAACCAUGUCCGCAGGGUAGCGGUAGUUUAACGCCGAUGCCGUUCCAUGACUCUACACAUAACGUUUGCGAGGGAAGCGGCAGUGGCAGUGGCGUGGUUGCGGCCACCCACCGGUAUUCUGCAAUCUCCGGUUCGUCCCAUACUGUUCACGAGGAAGCACAGAUGCAGCAGAAUGCCAGUAUUAAUGAACAAAAUAGUAGUAGUUGUAACAGUAGCAUUAAGACGGCCGAUUUAAACUUGUUCAAAGUGCCGCAGAACGCAGAACUGAGUAGUGUUAGUAGUAGUAGUACAGGCGGAGUGCCAUCGGUAUCGAACAAUGCACCACGGUAUCCAAACUCAGCGAUAUUCCUAGAAAAUCGUGAUAUCCUGAAUGAUCCGCCGUAUCACGAGCAACCGGUAGGUCCACCAAAAUCCUACAAUCGCCGCUCAACCGUACUUGGUGGUAUCGGUGGUAGUCACUACGGCGGUCACGAAGAUCCGCGUCAUGAUAUGAGACGAUAUUCCGAUACCAAACUUCUCCAGCAACAAACACUAAGCUUCGUAAGUGAACAACCAGCCGAGUACAGUCCUACCAAAGAACAGUUGCUUCUCAAUCCGAAGAGUAUCAUUUACGACAUGACAAACCUGCUCGGUCCCGUCAUACCGCAAGAAUUUGAACAAAGUCCCACGAACUCGAACCAUCAUCAUCAGCGACAUCACUACCAUCAUCAUCACAUGCUGCCGGCAACGGACAGCCCUAGUCAUCUGAUCCAAACCACCGACAUUCAGUUCGAUAGCCAAUGUGACGAAGAAUCGCCUACCCCUCGACCGUCCCCGUACGACCCGUUGGAGCUCAACAUACAGGAAAUGCUCGAACUGGACAUUGCUAAUAUUCAACGGCUGCACGAAAAGCAACCCUCACUCGGUAACAUUUCGCAGCAUUCAUCCUCCUCGUACUACCAGGACGACCCGUCCACACCCUGUCUAGGGUCGGCGCAGCAAUCUACAGUGUGGCCGACAGUUUCCUCGUCAGCAUCCUCGUCGGCUCGUUUGGUUCACGUUGGCGCCACUGCCACCACGCAUAACCACAGACAGUCGAUGCCACCUCAACAACACAAACAAUACACAACCACAGGACAGGACCGGGAUACGCAGUUCCAAUUAGCACCGCCGCCGACGCAGCAGCAACUACCGCCUCCUCCACCGCCACCGAUUGCGGAUAGCAUCGGUCAAUGUACCAAUCGACUGAAACUGUUCAAAUCGUUGCCCGAUCUGAGCGCUAGCAGUGAAAAUUUGCUACCUCCACCGAAACGGUUCGACUAAUGUGUCCAGUAAGGCCAAGCAGAUUUCCGACACUACGUCUAUCAUGAUGCAAAUUCGGUUGGUUUAGCACCGCAGUUGUGGUGCGCGUUAGCUAACUUUCGUAGCUAUACCAAGUUGUUCCCGUGGAAUCCUUUCGAUAGUUUUUGCAUCUUUCGUUGGGGAAAAGGGAAUAUGGUACAAAUUUGUUGAAGCAAGUAUUUUCUUCGAAUUUUUCAUUUUGCUGCGCUUCCAAUGUAAAUAUGUUAGGAAACGAAAAGUUGAUUCCAACUAUUCGGUUCCUUUUGUGGAAAGGCGUGAACUUCCAAUUUUACGAGCAUCUAAUUAGUAAUGGCAAGAAGCUACUGAAGUAAAUCUUUCGAAUUCGUAGGCGUUGCAGUUUUUUUUUCUCUCACUAAUCAUACUGUUCUGAAGGCUGACUAAAAGUAAAUUACUACACUCAUAAAGACCUGUGAUUCGUUACGUUUCUCCUGUUCGAACGAGCGAACCUGCCUGUUAAUGGUGCCCACCAGCACCCGCACAAUGGAAAACGGACAUGAAAUCAGCGCAUUUUUUCGAACUUUGAGCAACUUAGAGGAUUCAUUAGUUUGGGGCAUACCAAACAGCAGUUACAAAUAUUGGUCAAAGGCGGAUUCCCUUUGUUGGUUCUACAAAAUAUAACGCACUUCCACUUGCCAUACAAACAACAACCAACCGUGCCUUAUUCGGGGCUAGAAUGAAGCGUCAUUUUGAGCAUAGACAGAAUCACAAAUUCAAUUGGUGUAGUGACCUUAUUUUACAAAAUGACGAAAGUAAUUCAUUUUUGUUAGUCUGGAAAUCUUUUCCACUGGGAUUCCGCUUUAUUUUUAUUAUUACUAAAAAAGCACACCAUGAGAAUACAAACAUCGUUUUAUUAUUUUAGAUUUUUUUAGCAGUAUUUUUGCCCGAAUAUUUAUUUUUUUUUAGCUGAGAUUAGCUGCGUUCACUACUAGGCAGCUCACCACCUCAGCCUCACGUUGGCGGUAUAAUGAGUACUAUGUUGGUCCUGCAAGCCAGUUGUCGUAAGUUCGAGCCUCGACCUGGAAGGAUUCUUAGUAUCGGUAGCAUCGUAGUACUAGCCAUGCAAUGAUGCUGUACACUAUUAAUCGGCUUCAAAGUAUGUUGAAACAGAAGGCCAAAUUCCACAAAAGGAAUGUAAUGUCAAAACUUUUCUUUGACAGAACUACCUUGGAGAAGUGGCAGCUAGUUAAAUCGCGCCAAAAUACAACUUUACCUCUGGGUUUGCGGAUGAGCGGAAACACAAUGAGGUUUCUUUUUACGCUCUUUUUUGGGAUAAGAUUCGCUUAAAAAAAUCACACAAAAACACCGCGUAACUUCGGAAAUCCUCGUAGAAAAAAAAACAAAUAGAAGAUUUUUUUAUGCCAAAUAUCUUAGAAAUGCAUGAAACGUAAAGAUCCGGUGUAAUAUAAAAUUUUUUUUCUAGAAAAUCCACUUUCUAUUUUGGGACGAGUUUUAGACCGCAUAACUUCGAAAAUCCACGUAGAAAAAAAAAUCCGUAAAAUGGAAGAAAUACUUUUUACUAUGCCAAAUGUCCUAGAAAUGCAUGAAAUGCUUUCCCAGACAUUUUUCGAUGUAAACUUGGGAUAUUAUCGUCGAGGAUGUAACGGAAGGUUCCGUUUUCAGGCCACAACUGCAAAUCGCUUGCCAAAUCAUGGCCUCCUUCGCAAGCUUAUCGGUUAGAACAAACUUGAACCUUCCCGGCACGUCCCCGGAAGCUGCUUAUAAUUGAGUUUGACUUAUAACAAAUCGUUCAAAAAGUCCCGAGACCAACUAGGAAAACAAAAAUAAUCUUUUUCCGGCACUUUUCUAAAUUUUCCAUGUCGUGCUUAAAUUAUGGUUUGUUCUUAGUCUAAAAAUAGGCUUCAGUUGCAGAGUUUAACUUUCUCAUUCGAGCCAAACCUUUUUUUUAGUCGCUUGGGGCUAAAUAUGCAGAAUAUGGUGGGAGCCCAAUUCGAGUUUUUUUUCGAUUUCGCUCUUCAAACGCAUCAAUAACUUAAUGUAAUUAAUAGUAACAAUUGAUGGUUCUUCCCAUUCAAGAUUGGCGAUAUAAACUAUAACAUGAGCAUGCUAUAAAAAAAAAUUUCUAUGACUUUUACAUCUGCAUGUUGGGUUUUCGGACGCUUCGGACGACUUUUUUCGGCUGCUGCACGUCAUUCAGCUUACUACCGAUUCGACUACGGAGUAAAAUGAUGGAUCCAUGUUUCAACUACUGUCACAUAUCGAACCAAUCGAUCUUAUUUUUUGCGGCUAAACAGUGCCAAACUGCUCUCUGAAUCGUUGAUUCGUUGCAGCUUUUGUUUAAUUGUGAAUUGUUGAUUAUGUUUGAUUGUGAGCGAAUGCGGCACCCAUUUGAAAAAGAUCUUUUCAUUCACAGAUUAUCGCGUUAAAUCGCAAAAGCACUUUCUGUUGAUGUGCUAACCGUCCCAGCAAUUUCACGAGCUUCGAGUUUGCAGUCAUCUAUCACGAUUUUCAAAAUUUGCCUGAUUUUCUCCGAAUUGACUGCUUAUUUGGCCUACCUACGCGUUCGGCAUCCCUUGUAUCAGUACUAGUGAUCCUCCAACCAAUGAAUUGCAGAAAAAGAAACCGUAGAUCUGGCAAACGAGAUAACAAUAACAAAAAUUCUGACAACACUUACCAUAUUUUGAGCGCUCGGAUUACCCACCGAAUGCCCGAUAUGUUGGCUGCGAUAGCACUUGCUAGAGCGACUUAUCCUCGGCACCGGUCUGGGUCAAAAUUUUCGAGUCGUUGCUGGGCUAGCACGCUAUUUUAUCCAUUUGAAAAGCACUGUUUUAUCACAGAUACAGGCUAGAACAAAAUUUUUCAAAAUCCAUGUAAACAAGGGGUUCGCUACCUACUCGACAAUUCGCCGCGAUAUUUCAAAACGUUCCACUUCGUUCCGGAACGAUAACAAAGUUCUCCAGCCUGUUAUAGAAAUAUUCCAACUACAACAAUUUGAACUCUUCUCACACGAGUUCCCUAAGUAUAAAAUGCUAUUUUAUUUCCAUGUCGUCUAAAUCACAUGUCGAUUCAAUCGGAAUGAAACAAUAAUAAACUUAAACAGCAAAACAUUUAGCAUGAUGUGAAAGCGCCACCCAAAAUAAUGUUAAAUGUGGUGACAUCUGCAAAUAUUCGUCACGAUGCUCAUUUAAAAUUUCACACACAGUUCAUACGCGAACCUGUAUAUCUGUUUUCUGUGGUUUUAUCAAUGCACGGAAUACAUUUCUUUCCAUUUUUUUCUCAAUUGUAAAAGUAACGUUAUUUAUAUGCCGGUAGUUUUUUUUGUUUGUGAUCCGAUUGACGUGAAAAUUUGACACGUGUCAUCUGAAGGCUAGUACUUUCCAAAACAAAGUCUGACAUUACACACGUCAUAUCUGAGUCAGUCCCGGGGCUUUUUAAACGAUGUAUUAUUUCGUCAAAGUGCAGCUACUUAAGAGGGAAUCGCGUAUCAGUUGACGGUAAUGACCGUCAUGUAAAAAUAAAUGAUGAACUUUGUCAUCUAUGUGGAAACCAAGCGCAGUUGAAGUGGUUAUCAACAAAUCAAAAUGAAUCCUGAAUUUGGCUUUUUGUUUCCCCUAAAUCUGACCAUGCGUAGAACAAACUUUUAUGCUAGUGGAUUUAGAACACUAAACAUUUCGAAGAUUUUCUCUGAGUUAAAAAGAACGUUUAUUCUUGUUCGAUGCGAAUGUGAUCGUUUCCCGCAUCGAACUAGUAUAAACGUUUGAUUCGCUUAGGCAAAUAAGGGUGUAUAUCUGUGAAUAAUGGAAUACGUAAACAAGAUAAUGGUAAUAUUUUUUUUCUUGAAAAUAACAAUUCUUCGAUUAUGGUUGCCAUUUCACAACAAUUUUCAAUUAGGUUUGGCACUGAAUGAACAUCAUGUGCUAACGGUGGAUUGCUCACGUGUUCAUUCUUAUUUGAUUGUGUUAUUGCAUCUGUCAAAGAUUUCCGAUUCCCGACACUAGAAGCGUGCUUGUGACGUGCGAAGGGCGUACCAAUUCACAUUUAGUCAGCCUUAAAUUAACUACUUAAUGAUGGAAGUUAUGGCCCUAAUCACUACACGGUUAAAAUCUAGUGAACUGAUUGUAUUGCAGCCGUUCGGUAGGUUCCAGAUAAGCUUCAAAUACAAUGGAUGGAGAGGACAAUUGGCAGUUUCACGUCGAAAUGAAACGCAUAACGCUAUGCCACAUUCCAGUAAAUCUGCUGAUUCCCCCGUCUUCGAUUGGGUGCGCAGUCCGGUCUGCCCCUCACUUAUUCGCAUUGGUUGUAGAACACAUUUCCGUGCAUUGCCGUCUAAAACAAAGGACACGUUUUUUUGUGAUAUAUUCCCGCAGCAGCCAUUUAUGUAGUUCUCUUAUCGAAAGCGUGAUUGACUUAAUGAAAAAAUGUAUAAAAUAAUUAAUAAUACUUUACUAGUGAUUUCGCAAACAUGACACAAGCGUUUGUUGUGAUUCAUUGCGCAUUGUUUAUUUUUUCAAAUUAUUGAAAAAAGGGAAUAAUACGAAAAUAAGCAUUUUAACAGGUAUAAUGUAUAUUAUUAGAGAACAGAAGUUAAUCGAAGCUGAACAAUACUUAAAAAAUUUCUAAAGGAGCGUAGCAGGGCGUGUCGAUAGCCGCAUAGGAAUCCAGCAUCAAUUUAGAAUGAUUGAAUUCUGUGAGGGUGUGACAAAAAAACAGAUUGUACGUUUGGUGCAAGGUGAUGUAAUUCAAGACGGUUUAUAAGAGGACAUAGUUCGUAACGUAAGAUAGUAUACUGUAAAUUAUAGAAUGCGAAGGUGUCACACAAUUAUGCAAUUUUUAAUUGACCGUUUGAAAUAGAGCUACCUACCACACGUCAAACAAUAAAUUUGCGAUAUCCUGAA